AUGAGAUUCAAUUCCAUUCCAAUUUCCCUCGCCCUCUGCAUCUUCAAGGGAGGAUUUACUUUAGCGGCUCCUGCCGAACUUCAGUCCCAAGCAACUACAACUCACCAUUUUACUGAGUUAUCAUCCGUCAACAUCUCUAUGUUGGCCACAACUCCAAUGCCAAAAUGGCUUUCUGAUUUCACUGGACUCAACGAGUGGCCGGGAGCAGACCCACCUUACAUUCCGCUGGACUUCAUUGAUUUAAAAGCGAUCCCGAACUUUCCCCCUCGACCAGCGGGUACAUGUCCUCCAGAUCGUUCCAGUUGCUCGUUUGAUUGCUUCAAAUGCAUUUCCUUCGAUGAUGCUUAUACGUGUCCCGUCCUUUCUCAGACUUUCGACGAUGGUCCUUCAGCUUCAACACCGAAACUACUAGAGGGUCUGGAUCACAAGACCACAUUUUUUACUGUUGGAAUGAAUGUAGUUCGGUAUCCGGAAAUUUACAAUCAGAUCAAACAAAAUGGGCAUUUGCUUGGCUGCCACACAUGGUCUCAUAAGUUCUUGCCAGGAUUAACAAACGAGCAGAUUGUCGCUCAACUAGAAUGGUCCAUUUGGGCGAUGAAUGCGACUGGCGGCCAUUUGCCAAAAUGGUAUAGACCUCCGUACGGUGGUGUUGAUGAUAGAGUUAGACAAAUUGCUAGAGCUUUUGGAAUGCAAGCUGUUCUCUGGGACUAUGACACUUUUGAUUGGAGGAUGGAGACUUCACCACCUUCCAAAACAGCCAGUCAGAUUUUCAACGAUGUGAAUCAAUGGAAGAGUUCUGGGUUAACUGGCCUUAUUUUAGAACAUGAUGCUUAUGCGUCUACAGUUGAUGCCGGAAUUGAGGUGAGCAAAAUUCUAGGCAAUAAUCAAAUGACAGUUGCCGAAUGUGUUGAUAGUAUUGAUUACAUCAAAACUUUUGACUAA